CAUUUUUGUUAAAAUUUAUGUGUAAUGUGUGGGUUAGAAUGCGAUGUUUGUAAACAAAAACUUCCGUCUGGAGACAAUACAACCCCAACAAUAUGUAUUUUCCCAUGUUUUCAUAAAUAUUGUGAACGGUGUAAAGCCCAAGUCCUUGCCACUGCUCGUCCUCAACAUGGUGCUGAAAGUCGUGUGUCUUGCAAACUGUGCAAUCAACAUUUUCUUUUAAACGUUUUUUGCCUUCACUGUAAUAUUAAAAAUAAAGCUCCAGUGGAAUGGCGUUGUAAAAGCUGUGAGAAUAGAUAUUUGUGUGCCCAUUGUUCACAGCCUCAUUAUCAUUCUGGACAUGAGUUGGAGCCUGUGAUGAAGCCUUCCAUUCCUUUGCGUUCCCAAUGCACAUCACAUUCGAACGUCCUUGCAACAUAUUUGUGUUCUUGUCAGGCGCGUCUAUGUGACUAUUGUUUAAACAACCACGCAGAUGGCUCUACUGAACAUCCGCACGAACAACGCAUUGCAUACACAAAAUUGGCUGAGAGGGCUAGAACAGAGUUGGAAACUAUUAGACGUCAAAGUAUUCGAGAUACCGAAAAAAUAGAAAGUCUCAAAGAGAAAGUAGCUACCAACAAAAAACAAAUAGGCAUACAAGCAACCCAGGCACGUACCGCUGUAGCUAAUGAAGUUGUUGAAUUAGUUAAUGCAAUUAUUAGAAGGGGGAAUGAUAUUGUAACGUGUAUAGAUUCGACAGAAGAAACAAAGUUAAAAAAUUGUGGUCAAUUGGAAAAAGAAAUGCAACAUUGGCUUGAUAGAUUAACUAAGGUAGUGUUGAAGCUGAUCUCGAUUUUUGCUGAAACAAAUUUUUAA